AUGGAUGGUAUGUGGGGCAUGGAUGGUAUGUGGGGCAUGGAUGGUAUGUGGUGUGUGGAUGGUAUGUGUGGUGUGUGGAUGGUAUGUGUGGUGUGUGGAUGGUAUGUGUGGUGUGUGGAUGGUAUGUGUGGUGUGUGGAUGGUAUGUGUGGUGUGUGGAUGGUAUGUGUGGUGUGUGGAUGGUAUGUGUGGUGUGUGGAUGGUAUGUGUGGUGUGUGGAUGGUAUGUGUGGUGUGUGGAUGGUAUGUGUGGUGUGUGGAUGGUAUGUGUGGUGUGUGGAUGGUAUGUGUGGUGUGUGGAUGGUAUGUGUGGUGUGUGGAUGGUAUGUGUGGUGUGUGGAUGGUAUGUGUGGUGUGUGGAUGGUAUGUGUGGUGUGUGGAUGGUAUGUGUGGUGUGUGGAUGGUAUGUGUGGUGUGUGGAUGGUAUGUGUGGUGUGUGGAUGGUAUGUGUGGUGUGUGGAUGGCACUCUGCUCAACAGCACCAGCAAGAUCUCGCCAUUCACAGCAGAGCCUUCGAGCGCUCACACGCCAAGGGCGUGCACUGCACACUGCUCAACAGCGCCAGCAAGAUCGCCCCAUCAACAGCAGAGGCCCUGAGAGCAGCCCACGCCAGGGGCGUGCGCGUGGCCAUCGCCACGGGCAAAGCACGGCCAGCCGCCAUGUCCGCCCUGGGCGCGGCAGGGCUGGUUGGGUCUGCUGGCAUCUUCAGCGACAAGUCGCCGGGGGUGUUCCUGCAGGUGUGUGCGGGGUGCAGGCCAGCUGCCAUGUCCGCUCUGGGCGCUGCAGGGCUGGUUGGCUCUGCUGGGAUAUUCAGUGACAAGUCCCCGGGGGUGUUCCUGCAGGGUCUGAGGGUGUACGGCAAGGGAGGGCAGGUGGUGCACAACGCGCUGCUGCCCCGCGAGGUCACUCAGGAGGGGGGGCAGGUGAUGUCCUCCUCCUCCUCCUCCUCUGUCAGGCCACGCCUGCCCUCUCCUUGUCCCUCCGCUGUUGUUAUUCCCUCUAUCCUAUCUGCCUCAUUGCCUUCUCGCCGCCCUUCCUCCGCCCCACAGGGCUUUGAGUUCGCCCUGAAGCACGGCAAGGCGCUCAUUGGCUUCUGUGGGGACCGCUGCGUGACACUUGUCGAUCACCCAUUGGUGGAGGCGCUGCACACCAUCUACUAUGAGCCACGGGCGGAGGUGAUGCAGAGUGUGCACCACAUCAUCAACGAGACUCCCAUCCAGAAGCUCCUGUUUUACGACACGCCGCACGGCAUUGACGGCUUCAUUCGUCCUUUCUGGUCGGCCGCUACAGCCGGCCGUGCAACAGUGACUCAGGCCGUGCCGGACAUGCUUGAGAUUCUGCCGCCCGGGCAAUCCAAGGGGGCGGGAGUGAGAGUCCUGCUGGACCAUCUCAAGCUCUCUGCGGAGCAGGUUAUGGCAAUUGGUGAUGGCGAGAACGAUCUUGAAAUGAUUGAGAUGGUGGGUUGGGGAGUGGCUAUGGCGAAUGGUUCCGAGAAGACUAAGGCUGUUGCGAAGGCCACAGUUGCAAGCAAUGAUGAUGAUGGUAUUGCAGAAGCGAUUCAUAAAUUCAUCUUGUAA